AUGGCCGUCCCCCAGCGGACGCUGACCUGGCUGUACAGCGUCCUCACCAAGGAUCACUACGACCCCCAACAGACCUACCACGAUCCCAAUCGCUCCUAUCACGACGUUGCCAACGCGCUCGCCCAGUAUCCCUCGCUUUCGCCCCGAACCGAUGUAUAUACCUACGAAAAUGGCUUCUCGGCGCUCCUCCUCCACCUCGUGGGCACCUUGCCUGUCGUCUUUCGCGGCACCACCUACCGAUUCCCCAUCGCGAUGUGGAUUCCCAAUACCUAUCCGCGCGACCCCCCGAUAGUGUAUGUGACACCAACACAGGAUAUGGCUGUACGGGUCGGACAACAUGUGACGCUGGAAGGGCGCAUCUAUCACCACUACCUGGCGCACUGGGCGGAAGCCUGGGAGAGGUCUACAAUUGCCGACUUUCUUUUGAUUCUCCGCGAAGUGUUCGCUAAGGAGCCACCGGUUCAGUAUAGACAGCAGGGGCCGCCGCAGCCACAAUCGUCGCAGACCAGCUCUCCGCCGCCGAGGCCGCCUUUACCACCUGGGGUCGGGUCUGCGACAAUACAGAAUCAGACGCCGCCGCCACAGUCUGCAGCCCAAACCCCCCCACAGCCGCCUCCGAAGCCCGGGGCCGCGCGCGAACCGCGAGACCAGCAGCAGCACCCACAACAACAAGAUGUCGCUGAGCGAUAUCGAUCCCCUCCUCCACUCCCACCAAAGGCACAGCCAGGCAGUAUGGCCCCUUCCAGCCCUGGAAAUGCCGCGCCUCCGUCGGGUGCACCUCUGCCGGGUCCUGUAGGCAGUUCGCUGAGUAGCCCUCAUCGACCACCGCAGCCAUCCGCCCAACCGAGAGGACAAACAAUGUCGCCUCCGUCGCAUCAAGGCCCGUUGUCAUACCACCGAGAUAGCGCUGGACCUGCCAGCCCUGGCUCUGGACCGAACAUACCAGGUCAAUUUCCUUAUCAGGCAGGAUUUCAUGGUCCCCAGCCAGGUCCGUCGGCUCAGCCAAUCCAUCACCCCCCGGGAUAUCAACCUCGGCCUCCGCAGCAGCAGCCACCGCCGGGUGCCCCAUAUCCACAGAAUUCUCCGCUCCCGCCGCAUUACCAGCGUCCUCCGCCUGCAGCUCCAGCGCCCAAAACAGAUGCCCCGGAUCUCCUGACUUCACCGUUCGAGCUUGACCUCCCAUCAUUUGCCGCGGGACCUGCACCGCCGAUCCCGCCAAACCCUGAGAAGGAUGCACUGCUGCGCGCUGUCUCGCAGGCGUUGGCCGAGACAUUAAGCACCAACGCAGCACGAUCGGAUACCGCGGCCCACUCCCUCAUGUCCCAGUCCCAGUCCCUGCACGCUGCGCUGGCCACCCUGCAGGGGGAGGUGACGGGACUAAACUCUCUCCAUGCAACUUUGCAGUCCAACACCGCUGUCCUGCAACAAUCGCUCCACCGGGCCGACGCCGCCAUCGCCGAUGCAAAGGCCCGCUCCACCUCCGUCUCGAGCUCUGUCCCUGUAUCAAGUUCGACUGCUGCCACAGCUACAGAGCCCCCAACAGGCCUACCUCCCAUCGACGAAGUCCUCGUCGCACCCACGGUGGUAGGCAAACAGCUGUACGAUUUAGUAGCCGAGGAACAGGGUAUCCAGCAAGCCCUGUACGCUCUACAAGCCGCACUGGUCCGUGGCGUGAUCGGGAUGGAUUCCUGGUCGCGACAGACACGCGGUCUAGCUCGUGAGGCGUUCCUGAAACGUGCCUUGAUCCGCAAGAUCGGGAGGGGUAUGGGCUUGGAGAGUGCGACGUGA